AUGGCAGACAAGGUUACCCAAAACACACCCGAUGUCGCAAAGGAGCCAUUACCUACUGGUCGCAACCCUCUCAACGGCAACCCUGGCAAUGCACUGAGCCAGCGCAGCCCCACAGACACCGCAGCAGGAGACGACAGCAAGAAGGGCAAGGAUGACAGGGAUUCCAGCUUGAAGAUCAAGAUUGAGCUGGACCUGGACGUGGAGGUACAUCUGACUGCGAGAAUCAAGGGAGAUAUCACUAUUGGUCUCUUGUAA